AUGGGUAAACGCGGCGGCAAGAAGUUUAAUCGCGGUGGCCGAGGCGGCGGUGGUCGCACCAACUGGUCCGAGAUCGCCAGAACCAACGAGAAGCUUGAGCGAUACUACAAUGAGCUGGGUAUAGUCUCAGAGGCCGAGAAGGAAGAUUUCUGGGCCGCAAUGCGUCGGGAUCUGCCCAACAGCUUCCGAUUCACCGGCUCUCGUGGCAUCAUUCUAACCGUCGCAUUACUGUAUUGUAGACAUGCUCUUGCUGUCCAGGAACGCCUCAAGGACUUCUACGUUCCCCAGAUCACCGCAAUUAAGUAUGAGGGCGAAUUCGUCGAGCCCCCUCGUCCCGUUGAGUGGUACCCCGACCAGCUUGCCUGGGCCAUGACCACCCCGAAGCAAAUUAUUCGACGAUUCGCCCCCUUCUCCUCCUUCCAGAAGUUCCUUGUCGCUGAGACCGAGGUCGGAAACAUCAGUCGCCAGGAGGUCGUUAGCAUGAUCCCCCCCUCUUCUGAUCGACGCUCCAAGUCCGCUCAAUUGAUGGAGCUGCUUCAUGCUGGCGAGGAGGAGACUAUCCAGGAGGCUUCCCAAAAGGCGCGCGAGGGCGCUGUUGGUCCCGAGCCUUUUGGACCGGAGGGAUUGAGCGACGAUGGCCGAACGACUGGCCUGCUGAUCUGCAAUGAUAGCGACUACAAGCGCGCGCACAUGCUUAUCCACCAGAUGAAGCGUCUCAGCUCGCCUAACCUGAUUGUCACUAACCACGACGCUACCAUGUACCCCUCCAUCAAGCUCCCCCCAGCACCCGCUGCUGAGGGCAAGCCCCAGAUGAACCGAUACCUCAAGUUCGACCGUAUUCUUGCUGAUGUCCCCUGCUCUGGCGAUGGAACUCCCCGCAAGAAUGUUUCCGUCUGGAAGGACUGGAACCCUGCCAAUGCUCUUGGACUCUACGUCACCCAGGCCCGGAUUUUGGUCCGUGCCCUUCAGAUGCUGAAGGUCGGUGGCCGUGUGGUCUACUCCACCUGCAGUAUGAACCCUGUUGAGAAUGAAGCCGUUGUUGCAUCUGCCAUUGAGCGCUGCGGUGGAUCUGUCAAUGUUAAGAUCAUUGACUGCAGCGAGGAGCUGGCUGGUCUGAAGCGAGCCCCCGGAAUGCGUGACUGGAAGGUUAUGGACCGCGAGGGCCGUAUCUGGAACAGCUGGAAGGAUGUUGAGGAGCACAAGGAGAAGGAGGGAAUCGACGGUCUGGCCCGAAUUGCCAAGGGCAUGUUCGCCCCCGGAUCCGACAGUGAUCUCCCUCUCGAGCGCUGCAUGCGUGUCUAUCCUCACCACCAGGACACCGGUGGUUUCUUCAUCACUGUCCUUGAGAAGACCCAGGAGAUUCGCGCUAAGCCAGAGAACGUUGCCGAUGUCAUCCCCAAGGCUUCAGUGGCGGCUCUCGCUGAUGAGCUGGAUGCCCGCAAGAAGGGCGACAGCGACCUCUACAAGAAGCUGGAUUCUCUGGACGACCUCGUUGCCCCUGACCAGGAAGCUGCCAAGGAGGUCGCAAAGAACGCGACUGUUGCCGAGUCCAGUCACCAACCCCCAUACUUCGUUACCCUCGACGCGUCUAACCCUGGCUCGCCUACCAAGCGCGCCGCGGAUGACUUUGAACCAGAGAUCCCUGCCAAGAAGACGAAGCUCGACAAUGGCGAGGAAAUUCUCCUCGGAGACCGUCCCAUCCACAAGCCUGCGGGUGCAGUGGAAGCUCGGGCCGUUGAGACCUCAGACAGCAACACCCCUGCUUCAUCUGCUCCCGCUGCCUCGGCUAAGGUUUUGAAGAAGAAGGUUCACCAAGAGGAGCCUUACAAGUACCUAGCCCCCAACCACGAAGAGUUAGAGCCUAUCUACAAAUUCUUCGAGCUGUCGGAGCGAUUCCCCAAGGACCGUUUCAUGGUCCGCAAUGCCGAGGGCAACCCCACACGCACCGUUUACUACACCAGCGCUCUCGCUCGCGACAUUCUCCAACAAAAUGAGGGCUCCGGUAUGAAGUUCGUGCACUGCGGUGUGAAGAUGUUCGUCAAGCAAGACGCUCAGCGCGAGAACGUUUGCCGCUGGCGCAUCCAGACUGAUGGUCUGAAUAUCAUCGAGCCCUGGAUUGGCACUUCCCGCUCUGUCACUCUGACCAAGCGAGAGACCCUGCGCAAGCUUCUGGUGGAGAUGUUCCCCAAGGUCAAUGACGAGGGCUGGAAGAACCUCGGUGAGAUUGGCGAGCAAGUCAAGGACAUCCCCAUGGGUUGCAGCAUUUUGCGUGUUGAGCCCACUGGCAAGGAAGAUGGCCUCACCGAGCGAAUGGUGCUGCCUCUUUGGCGAUCGCUGCACUCCCUCAACCUCAUGCUUCCCAAGGAGGACCGACGCGCCAUGCUUCUCCGUAUCUUCAACAGCGACACCCCCCUCAUCAAUGCCACAUUGAAGUCGAGCAACCAAAGCCCCGCGGUUGCGACUCCCAUUGAGUCUACCGCUGGCGCAGAGGACAAAGCGCUGCAGGCCGAGAGUGAGCAACUGGGCGAAGUCGAGCAGGACCACACUGAUGCCCGUGAGACCUACACCAAGGCUGGCGAUGAGGAGGACCGCACCAACACCACGGUUUAA